UGGAGACUGAUGCUCGACAUUUCUGGACGUGAUGACUGAGAGCUCCAGCCUAACGUCGUGGCUGCUCAGCGCGGCCUACACGGGCGGCACGCUGUGCGUGGGCGCACUGCUCCUUCUGUACAUGUACCAGGACCGGCUGCUCUACUUCCCCACAAUCCCGGGAGCCUCCAAGUUCACGAAAGACAAUCCUCCAGGUGCGGGAACUUCGGGUGGAGCACCACUGCUCCAGUACUGAUACCUCUGUUAUUGACAGGAUACCGGCACCCGGGAGAGUUCUCCAUCGACUAUGAAGAUCUGAUGAUCCCAUGCAAAGACGGCGUGAAGAUCAACGCGUGGCUGAUGAAGCAGAAGGAGCACACGACUCGUCCGACGCUCAUAUUCUUCCAUGGCAACGCUGGAAGUGAGCUCAUCGCCAGAAUACUGCUGCAUUCUGUUAAAACUUUGAUCUUGACAAUCGGUCUGCUCGCUGUAGACAUCGGCUAUCGUCUGCCAAACGCUGUGCAGUUGUUCCGAAAGGUGGGGGUGAAUGUUUUGCUGGUGGACUACCGAGGAUUCGGCCACAGUGAGGGAACGCCGUCGGAGGAAGGGAUCAAGCUAGAUGCUGAGGCUGUUUUGGACGCCAUGCACGCUCGCACGGACAUCGACUCGUCGAAACUCGUGGCGUUUGGGCGGUCACUGGGUGGAGCAGUGUCUGUCUAUCUUGCUGAGAAGGAGCCUUCUAGAGUGGCUGCUGUAGUGUUGGAAAAUACUUUCCUCAGCAUUUCAGCCAUGGUAGACGCAUUGAUGCCCUUCCUAUCCUACGUCAAGCCGCUUGUUCUGCGGAUGGACUGGAACAACGAGCGUGCUAUUCAAAAAAUAAAGCAGCCGAUCCUCUUCAUCGCAGGUAUGCAAGACGAGCUGGUGCCUCAUUCUCACAUGGAGAAGUUGCGCUCCCUCGCCGCCUCAAGUCAGCGUGUCGUGUGGUUUCCCGUACCUGGUGGAACACACAACGACUCGUGGCUGCGUGGAGGUGACAAGUAUUACUCGGAGCUGCGGCAAUUCCUGGACGCACUGGGCGGCGACACCACGUGUUUGGCCAGCGACAAGUCCUCGGACGAAGGCGUCUCGCCUCCGCAGGAAGAGAACGCCAUCCCGAACAUGCUACAGCAGCCGCUGCUCAGCUCACUCAAGAAACCUAAGAUCGAGUAGACAUAAACUACUUAUGUUGCUGCAAUGGGGCAAUGUUGCGCUCAAAUCGCCUAAGUUGAAGUGGUCUUUGUUGUGAUUGGCUGAUGGGU